CGGCAAACAGGCGAUCAAUGAUUUACAGCCUACAUCAGCUAAGUCGAAGACCGUGAUUGUGAUAUCAAGGAAGAAACAACUAAAUCAGCAAGUGCAAAAAGACAAAAUGAUAUUGAUGUUAUUGAAAGUGUUCCACAAGAGCAAACCAGUAACGUCAAAUUUACGUUUUGUUCACAAAGAUGGUAGAAGUGAUACGACAUCCACAUUGGGAUAAGAAGAGGGAGACAUAGAAUCACUUUUGUAUUCUGAGCCCAGAAUUUAGAAAGUAUUAAUCACCCCUAAUAUCAAACUUCCACUUAAGAGGAAGGAGAAAUGAAGAAGCAUGGAAGUAACAACAUGGGAUUAUCAGAAAACUUGACUGAUGCUGCUGGCAAUGGUGUUGAUGGACUAAUUCCACAAAGAAAGAGUGAAACACCUGAAAAUCAGCAAUUUCCUAGGACAGAGAAUGAGAAGUAGCAAAGGCCUCCAAUGAAAACAUCUGAUGAGAAGAACAAGGUUAAAAGACAAAUAUAUUCUGUGAAUGACCUCGACGACUUAACUUGGCUAUCUGAAACAUCCUCCGAGGAUUGUGAGUUGCUUUACUCUAAUAAUGAGACUUUUAUGUUGCUCAUGAGCAACUUGGAAUAUAUUCUUGAUAUUUCUGAUUCUGUUAGCCUGUUGAAAAUGCAAGAUGCAGUUCUUUUGAAACACUUAUUAGAACUUAAGAAUAAUCAUUGUGAACAACUUACAGUAAAUAUUAAACAAAUGGAAAAUAUGGUUGGUGUACUACAAAAGGAGCUAUCUGAAGCAAAAGAAACACAAUUACAGUUAGAGCAUGAAAAAGGUCAAUGGGAACAAGAACAAGAACGCUACAGUUUGAGAAUGACCUUAAAAGAAGAAGAAAAGAGAAGAAAUGCUGAUAUGUUGCCUAAAAAAGAUAGCGAACAGUUAAAAAGAAAAGAAAAGGAAUGCGGGAAAGAAGUUGAAACAACAACUCAAACAGACUCUGAAAUCACUGGUCACAGAAUUGAGGACAUUAGGAAAGAAUUUGGAUCAGGUUGUGCAGAAGCGAAGCGAUACCAACAAGCAACUUUCUGAAGAGCAGAAUGCCAGAAUAUUACAAGAUGAGAUUCUGACCAGUAAGCAAAAGGAGGUUGAAGGGGCUCAAAAGAAAAUGAAUUCUGAGAUUUCUCAAAGCCAUAAGAAAGAAAAAGAGAACCUGGGAGGCGGAGCUUGCAGUGAGCUGAGAUUGCGCCACUGCACUCCAGCCUGGGCGACAGAGCCAGACUCCGUCCCAAAAAAAAAAAAAAAAAAGAAAGAAAAAGACCUGUUGCAUAAAAAUAGUAUGUUGCAGGAAGAAAUUGCCGUGCUAAGACUGGAACUAGACACAAUAAAACAUCAGAACCAGCUGAAAGAAAAGAAAUAUUUGAAGGAUGUUGAAAGUGUGAAAUAAAAGAAUGACAACCUUCAAAAUAUGAUAAAACUGAAUGAGGAAACAUCAACAAAAAUAGUAUUUCAGUACAGUGGACGGCUUAGCAUUUUGACAGCUGAGAAUAAAACUCUCAGUUCUCAACUUGAGAAUGUAAAACACAACAUGGAAAGACUGGAAAUGGAAAUUCAGCCAUAUCGAUGCAGGCUGGCUGCUGCCGUACAUGAUUGUGAUCAAAGUCAGACAGCAUAAGAAAACCUAGAACUUGCUUUCCAGAGAACAGGACAUGAAUGGGUUCAUUUACAGGAGAAAAUGAAUUCUGAUAUGUCUAACCUAAAAGAUAACAGUUAGAUUCUUUCUGAAAAACUCUCUAAUGCUGACAGUAAAAUUAACAGCCUAAAAAUUAAGUUUCAUCAGCAAGAGAAACACUCAGAGAAAAGACAUCAGUUUUAGAAUGUUUCCAAAGAGACCUAGGCCAAACACAGUGUCAAAAGAAAGAAAUUGAACGAAUGUAUAAAAAUGAACAAAGCAAAGUAAAUAAGUAUGCGGAAGAAGCAGGAAUCUAUAGAGGACAGAUAUGCUCAACUACAAAGUGAAAAUAGGUUGCUUCGACAGCAACUGGAUGAUGCCCACAAGAAAGCUGACAAUCAAGAAAAGACAAUCAGUACUAUCCAAGAUCAAAUCCAUGCUGUUGUAAAAAAAUCUAGCUGGGAGUGAAAUGCAGAGUCUUCUGCUAGAAGAGAAAAACAAGGACUUAAUCAAUGUAUGUAAUAAUUUGAAAGAAAGAAUAUAUCAAUGUGAAAAAGAGAAAGAAAAAAAAUAAGUACCAAGAAAGAUAUUUUUCAAACUGAAAGAAAAUUUAAAGUAAUAUUUGGUUAUGCUAAAUGUUAUAUAUAGUUGAAUAUAAAAGUAUGUAGAAUAGGCUGGGCGCGGUGGCUCAUGCUUGUAAUCCCAGCACUUUGGGAGGCCAAGGCGGGCGGAUCACCUGAGGUCGGGAGUUCGAGACCAGCCUGACCAACAUGGAGAAACCCCAUCUCAA